AUGCCACAUCUCAUGGAACUUCAUGAUGAUUUAGUCCUGCAUGUGACUCAGGACAGGUUAUACUUGGAACCUUUGAAGUCACCAAGGGAGCUGCUUGUUAUUGACCGUAUGACUCAUGAGAAAUAUAUUGAAGUCAAUAAUGGCCAGAUCCCAGUAAGCUCAACACGUCGUUCUGUGUAUGGAGUUAUUGGAACAAUCAAGUUGCUUGCAGGACCAUAUCUGAUUGUCAUAACAGCAAGGACCAGGAUUGGUGAAAUCAAUGGCAGCACCAUAUACCGCAUGGAUGGAUUUGACCUUGUGCCCUAUUCAAGGACUUUGUUACAUGUCACCCAACGUCAGACAGAAGACAACCGGGAAUACUUGUCAAUGAUUCAGUCUGUCUUGGAUACUCCAGCAUUCUAUUUUUCAUAUAGCUUUGAUAUAAGUCAUACUCUGCAGAGGCUAUGCCACACAAGUCCAGACUUCAUCCAGUUGCCUUUUCAUGAAAGAGGAGACCAGAGGUUCAUAUGGAAUUUGUAUCUCAUGCAGGAUUUUGCCAAUCAACCUGAGUUGCAUAGAUAUUGCCUGCCUAUCAUACAUGGCUUUGUGGCAAUACAAAUAGCAGCUAUACACGGGAAGGUCUUCAGCCUUGUGAUUAUCUCUCGACGCAGUGUGUUUCGAGCAGGCACUCGCUUCCUUGUCAGAGGUGUGGACAGUGAGGGCCAUGUGGCAAAUUAUGUAGAAACAGAGCAAAUUGUUGAAUACUAUGGAGAGCGAGCUUCAUGGGUGCAAACACGAGGUUCUAUCCCUGUCUAUUGGUCUCAGUAUCCCAACCUCCGGUACAAACCAAAGCCAACUCUGACUCCAAAUGCAAAUCAUACCAAUGCAUUCACCAACCACUUCCAGACUGAGAUAUUCAGCUAUGGCAGCCAGGUACUGGUGAAUCUUGUAGAUCAGAAAGGUUCAGAAAAAAAAUUGGAGGAAAUCUACGCCACCAUGGUUAAAAAUGCAAAUCAACCUAAUGUUAGGUAUGAAGCUUUUGAUUUUCACAAGGAAUGUGCUAAGAUGAGAUGGGAUCGCUUGAGCAUCCUUAUUGACAAACUGGCAAGUGUUCAAGAUGAUAUGGGUUUCUUCCUCAUGACACAAGAUGGAAAAGUUGUUCAGUCGCAGACAGGUGUCUUCCGAACCAACUGUAUUGACAAUCUUGAUAGAACAAAUGUUGUCCAGAAUUUGCUUGCACGUCGCAUCCUGGAAAAUAUCCUCAGGAGGUUCAAGAUUCUUGGAAUGAAUGAGAAGCUACAAUACCAGGUUGGGUUUGAGCAGUUAUACAAGGCAAUGUGGGCAGAUAAUGCUGAUUUCCUGAGUGUCCAAUACACAGGCACUGGAGCUCUCAAAACAGAUUUCACUCGAACUGGAAAGCGUACCAUCAUUGGGAUGUUGAAAGAUGGGUAUAACUCUGCAAUAAGGUACUAUAAGAACAACUUCUCUGAUGGUUUCAGGCAAGAUGCAAUUGAUUUGUUCCUUGGUAAAUAUGUUGUCAAUGAAGAGGAGGACAUUUCUGUGAAGUGUCCCCUCAGAACCAAAAUGGAGACUAAGUUUGUCUUCUUGCCUCUGAUUAUGCUUGUAGCUUUGGCAAUGUUCUUCCUAACCUAUUUAUAUGCUCAUGAACUCACUACUGAAACUGUGAUGUACCUUCUAUUCUGGGCUGUCAUGGUGACCUUCACAUUCUCUGUCAUCAUGUACUAUGGCACUGAGUUUGUGAACCACCCAAGGUUAUGCCAGAUCCCCAAGCAGAAGAAAGAAUGA